GCUUCCUCUGCGGAGAUCCCAAUCGGUUCCCGUCCCAGAAACAAACACCCGGAGUCUUCGACAUGCGGCCCACUGCACUCCCAGCUCCAAGGCGCUGCCAGGACAGGGCGAAAAUAGAAGUGGCUUCAGAAAAUGAUAAAGGCCCGGGAGGUGACUGAGAGCGGAGUGGAGGGAACUCCAGGGGGAUGACUUCUGCACAGUGCCUCAUUCUCCUGAAGAGUUCUGAGAAAGAUGUCAGCCCAGCCCCUGCCCACAGCAACACCCCCCACCCAGAAGCCCCCUCGGAUCAUCCGCCCUCGCCCUCCUUCUCGCUCCCGGGGGGCCGCCCAGACCUCAGGGCUCCCCCACAAUGGCUCCUCCCCACAAGAGCUGCGCCCCACCUCCAUCGAUGCACUGAACCAGAUGUGCACUCCCAUCUUCUGGGAGCCCCCAGCGGCAUCCCUCAAGCCCCCUGCCCUUCUGCCUCCUCCAGCUUCUAAAGCCAGCCUUGACCCCCCAGCUUCCCCAGAGUCAUCUUCCAGCACCCCCAGCCCAGUGUCCCGACGCUCUGUCUCCCCAGAAACUGUUCCCCGGCCUCUGUCUCCGAUCCCCCCUCCAAAGCCCUCCGGGUCACCUCGCACCCCUCUGCCCCUGCCCUCUGGGACCCCGCCCCAAGAUGGCUCUGCCUCUGCCCCUGGCACUGUGCGGAGGCUGGCGGGCAAGUUUGAGUGGGCGCCUGGUGGUAGGGGCCCGCCGGCCGAUGCCCUAGAGCUGGAAUCUCAAAGUGGAGUGGAUGUGAAUGAGGAGAGAGAGGCUCCCCAGAGCUUCCUCAGCGGACGUGGGCCUCAGGAGAACGGACCUUCGGAUGUCUCCCUGGUCUGCCCUCCCUGUUGCCCCUGUGCGUGCCACGCAGCCCGGCCUGGCCUGGAGCUCCGAUGGGUGCCUGUGCGGGCCUGUGAGGAAGGCCCCAGGGCCCCCUGUCGGGCCUCCCCACUGCGGACCUCUCGUUCUCGCUCCAGCGCCCCAAACAACAGCCACCCCCCAGUCGUCCUCACAUCCUACCGCUCCACAGCGGAGCGGAAACUCCUGCCGCCCCUCAAGCCCCCUAAACCAGCUCAUGCCAUCGUCCCUGGGGACCUCCCACAGUCAGACUUUGAUCUGCCCUCUGAAGAUGGGAUUCAAACAGGGGACAGUCCUGAGGAAGCACCUUGCAACACUUCUUCAGUAAUCAUGGAGGCCAGGGAUGAAGAGGGGCUGGAGGGGCUGAAGGAACAGAACUGGGAGCUGCCCCUGCAGGACGAACCCCUGUACCAGACAUAUCGAGCCGCUGUCCUCUCAGAGGAGCUGUGGGGGGGGGGUGAGGGCGGGAGCCCGCUGCCCACAAACCCUGGAGACGCCCCCUCAUUGUCACGGCUCCCUGGACCUCGCAACACACUGUGGCAGGAGCUUCCGGCUGUUCGUGACAGCGGCCUACUGGAGACCCUGAGCUCCCAGGAGAGGCGCAUGCAAGAGAGCCUGUUUGAAGUGGUGACAUCUGAGGCCUCCUACCUGCGCUCUCUGCGGCUGCUGACCGACACCUUUGUGCUUAGCCAGGCACUCCGGGACACGCUCACCCCUCGGGACCACCACACCCUCUUCUCCAAUGUGCAGCGAGUCCAGGGCGUCAGCGAGCGGUUUCUAGGGACAUUACUGUCCCGGGUGCGCUCCUCUCCCCACAUCAGUGACCUGUGUGACGUGGUGCACACCCACGCCGUGGGCCCUUUCUCAGUGUAUGUGGAUUAUGUCCGGAACCAGCAGUACCAGGAGGAGACCUACAGCCGCCUCCUGGACACGAACCUACGCUUCUCUGCGGAGCUGCGGCGGCUGCAGAGCCUCCCCAAGUGCGAGCGGCUCCCGCUCCCGUCCUUCCUGCUGCUGCCCUUCCAGCGCAUCACCCGGCUGCGCAUGCUGCUGCAGAAUAUCCUGAACCAAACAGAGGAGGGCUCCAGCCGCCAGGAGAACGCCCAGAAGGCCCUUGGUGCUGUCAGCAAGAUCAUUGAGCGGUGCAGCGCCGAGGUGGGGCGCAUGAAGCAGACAGAGGAGCUGAUCCGGCUCACCCAAAGGCUGCGCUUCCACAAAGUCAAGGCCCUGCCCUUGGUCUCCUGGUCUAGGCGCCUGGAGCUGCAGGGGGAGCUGACGGAGCUGGGGUGCCGCAGGGGUGGCGUACUCUUCCCCUCGCGCCCCCGCUUCACCCCCCUCUGCCUGCUGCUCUUCAGUGACCUGCUGCUCAUCACGCAGCCCAAGAGUGGGCAGCGGCUGCAGGUGCUGGACUAUGCCCAUCGCUCCCUGGUCCAGGCCCAGCAGGUUCCAGACCCCUCUGGACCGCCCACAUUCAGACUCUCCCUUCUCAGCAACCACCAGGGCCGGCCCACCCACCGGCUCCUCCAAGCUUCAUCCCUAUCAGACAUGCAGCGCUGGCUGGGAGCCUUCCCUACGCCAGGUCCCCUUCCCUGCUCCCCAGACACCAUCUAUGAGGACUGUGAAUGUUCCCAGGAACUGGGUUCAGAGCCUUCUACACCUGUCAAGACAGAGGGACGGAGUCUGGGCUCUAGGAGUCCCCCCAAGCCCCUGCACAAGGGUCCUGAAGGUGAGAGAUGGAUAUUUGGUCAUUAAAUGAAUAUUUAUUAAGCACCAACUGA